UUUGAUAUAUAGUGUUUUUGUUCGUAAAGGGGUUCUCCGAGAUGCUGCCGUGACGUAUGCGGCUCUGGGCCAAUCACAAUCCUCAGAUCAAACAUAACCGACCAGCACUUGUCAGUGUGGGGAAAAAAACGCACCGCGAAAUGCAGGUCCUUUUCCCAGCGGCGGUGAAAUAAACCGAAAGCGUUUCAUAUAUAGGGUCUUGUGCUCCUUUAAAGGAUUAAAUCAACGUUUCUGCCUCCUGAAUAUUUCCUUUUUUCAUCUCAUUUCGCGUUUCGUCUUAUUUGAAGGAUGUCUGUGGCGGGGUUUAAGAAGCAGCUGCACAAAGCGAGUCAGUUAUUGAGUGAGAAGAUAAGCGGUGCAGAAGGGACAAAGCUGGAUGAAGACUUCAUGGAAAUGGAGCGGAAAAUAGAAGUCACCAACAAGUCUGUUUUUGAACUUAUAACGAAAACCACAGAAUAUCUUCAGCCAAACCCUGCAUCAAGAGCCAAACUGGGAAUGCUCAACACGGUGUCUAAAAUCAGAGGGCAGGUGAAGACGACGGGCUAUCCGCAGACUGAAGGGCUUUUAGGAGACUGCAUGCUGCGAUAUGGACGGGAACUGGGGGAGGAGUCCACUUUCGGAGCUGCGCUGGUGGACAUCGGUGAAGCCAUGAAGCAGAUGGCUGAUAUUAAAGAUGCCCUUGAUAUCAACGUGAAACAGAACUUCAUUGACCCACUUCAGACUCUACAAGACAAAGACCUCAAAGAGAUUGUGCAUCAUCUGAAGAAACUGGAGGGUCGACGGUUAGACUUUGACUAUAAGAAGAAACGUCAAGGCAAGAUUCCCGACGAGGAGAUCAAACAGGCUGUGGAGAAGUUUGAGGAAUCCAAAGAACUCGCUGAGAGGAGCAUGUUUAACUUUUUGGAGAACGAUGUGGAGCAGGUGAGUCAGUUAUCAGCUCUGAUCGAGGCAGGGCUGGAUUACCAUCGGCAGUCCUUGGAGAUCCUGAAGGAGCUCGACAGCAAACUACAGAGCAGGAUAUCCACUGCAAGCAGUCGGCCCAAAAAAGAGUUCAAGCCAAAGUCGAUCGUGUCCAGUUUGGAGACCGUCGAAAACACGCAGCACAAUGGACUUACCCACACCUCAUCAGUCAAAAGCACAGAUAUCCAAGUCAACCACACUGUAAAUGGAAAAAUUGAUAAGUUCACACACACAGCACCCAUUACUCUAUCAUGGCCUGAGAGCUCCAAUGGUGAUAGCAAACAGAGCGAGUCACACUUGGACCAGCCCUGCUGUCGAUCGCUCUACGACUUUGAGCCGGAGAACGAGGGCGAGCUGGGCUUCAAAGAGGGCGACAUCAUCAUCCUCACCAAUCAGAUUGAUGAGAACUGGUAUGAAGGCAUGAUUAACGGCGAAUCGGGCUUCUUCCCCAUAAACUACGUCGAGGUCCUAGUGCCCCUGCCACAAUGAGCCCCGGGUCACUGACCGCACGCCAAACCAGACUGUCUGAACCAUCCGCUCACCCAACAUGCUCUGCUGCAUUCUCACCAAUGAAAGCCUUGCGUUUGACCACAGACAACUUUGAACCUUUUACAUUUCAGUAUUUAUUUAUCUUAUUACGUUUUCCAGGCAUCAUGGUGCAACAUCUAGAAAUUUACACUGCAAAAAAAGGAUUUUUAAUGAGUGUUUUUGCUUUGUUCUUUAGUAAAAAAUAACUAAACAUCUUUAAAAUGCAAUACAUUUAUUUUUAAUGAUAAUAAUAAUGAUAGUAACAAUAAUAAUAAUUAAUCUCAACUUUAAAAGUAAAAAAAUGUGUAAGUCAAAUAAAAAAUAAAACAAAUAUAAAACUGUUUCUUAUGUAAAAUUAAUUAUUUUCAUUUAAAGAUGUUUUUUAUUUAAAUAUGACAAAAUACUGAUAAUUUACUUGAAAUUUACUUUAAAAGAUACCACUGUAUUUUGUUUUUAUAGUUCUAUGUAUAAACCAGUUUGCCAAUUUAAGAUAUAUAUAUAUAUAUCUGUCUUAUAAAUUAUAAUAAUUUUUUUUUUAAAUUGUUUAGAUUUAAUAAUGUUUAGAUAUUUUUAUUGGAAAAACAUCAAGAUACUGAUUAAGAAUUUAGUUUUAUUUAUUUUGUAUUUUUUUUGCAGUGUAAUUUUAUUUCAUCUUCAACGCAGCAUUUACCUUAUUCAUUUGAAAAUGUGAUGCAUCCAAUGGGGUGGAUUUUGGACUUUUGCUGUUUAGGUAUAUUUUUCUUUUUCUCUGAUAUGAGGUUUACCUGCCUGCGGUGGUCUUAUGUGUUUUUUGAAACACAAGUUUUCUAUAAACUGUGACUCUCUUGACUGCUCCUCUUAUGAAUGUCCUCUUUCUCUCUCUGUCUGUCUCUGUUUACAGACUUAUUGUGAUCUUAGGUAUCAUAGUAAGUAAGUAUCGCAGGUGUUUUUUAAAUGGGUUUUGCUCUCUCGCGCCUUCAAGUGUUUUUUUUUUUUGAACGGUGGCUGUAUUGCACUAAAGCUUUAGAAUAACACACCCAUUGAUGUGCACAUUUUAUUUUUGUGUUGUGUUUUUUGGAUUUAGGGCAUUGCACUUUCUACUGUAUCUCUUUCUGCCAUGCCGAGAAAUACAAAAUUUUAUCAGUCUUAUCUUAUGGAGUGCUAAAAAGCAUAUAUAAAUAUAUAUUGAUAUGGUUCACAACUUCGUACUGUAUGUAACAAGAACUUUUUGCUCACCUAUGUGGUUUGUUUGACCGAUGUCAUCCUCCGAAUGACAUUUUAAAAUGAGCAGAUGUUAAUGAAACAUUCUGUAGUCGAACUGUCCUGUGCUUAUCAGCGGCAGUCGACAUCUUUCUAAUUCGGACCAGUUAAGUUUGAAGUGACGAAUAUUGUGUCUGUUUGUCCCCCCAAAAACAGACUGUACUCAAGAAAUGUCAAAUAUUAUUUUUGUUACUCUGAGCCGUAUGUUUCUUGUGCAUGAAAUUGAACUUUGGAUGACUGUUUUUGUUUCUGUAUUGGACAGAUAGUGCCAUUGACCAUCCAGAUGUUUUCAGAUCAUUCCCUGUUGUAUUUUUUAUUUAAUUUUUUUGGCCAAAUAGAGCAGUCAGAGAGCAAAAAGGGAAAAAGCUGUUUGAAACAAAUGAUGCCUAAAACUGUAACGUAUCAAUUCUGUGCCACUAACAGCACCAAACUGAGUUGCCAAAAGUACUGAAUUUUUACAUUCUCUGAAGAAAAUGUCAGUGGUGAAAGAAACUCCUAAAAUAUAUCCUGCUUUACAGUUGAUUUAUCAACAGUUGCUGGAAAUCGGUGCAGGAACUAGUGGCACAGAAUAAAAAGAUCAAGGAAUAUGGGAAUGGAUCUCAGAUCUUUUGGAUUUUCAAAUGUUAAAAAAUCACUAUAGAGAUUAUUUAGAUAUUUUUAUUCAGCCCUAUUUUUCUUUUAGAAACAUUUACCUAACCCUCCAUUUUUCAUUGUUUGGAAAAAUAGUAGUUUUAUCCCCAAACCCACGCCACUGGUUGAGCUAAACGUGCAUUGUUCAGAGCACUCCAACAAAUUGUUUUAAAAUGUACAUACACUACCAUUGAAGAGUUUGGGGUCAGUAGUUUUUUUGUAUUUUUUAUUUUGAAAGAAAUUAAGUUUCUGGAGAAACAUGUAAUUUCUAGUCAAUUUGACAGUAAAAACAGUUGCUACAAAAUAUAUAUAUAUAUAUAUAUAUUUUUAAUAAUUGUUCUUUUGAAAAGUAUCAUGGAGCAGCACAACUGUUUUCAACAUUACUAAUAAUAAUUAAUGUUUCUUGAGCAGCAAAUCAGCAUUUUAGAAUGAUUUCUGAAGGAUCACAAGCCAAGAGAAAUUCAGCUUUGAGCACAGGAAUAAAUAACAUUUUAAAAUAUAUUAACAUAGAAAACCGUUUAAAUUGUAAUACUAUUGAACCUUUUUUUACACUAUAAAACAUACAGUUUUUAUUGUAUCUCUAUUGUAUAAAUGUGAUUUUGGUGAAUUUAAGAGACCUCUUUUCUUUUUUUUUUAUAUUUAAAACCCCAAACUUUCCAACGGUAUAGUGUCUAAUUAUCCCUGCACAAAAUACUGGGAUAUGAUAAAACAUUUUAACAUUUGAAAAAAAUACACACGGCAGCUUUAAAUUCAAAAGUUAAGAGAUUAUAGAUAAUGUUCGAGUAAAAUGAAAGAUCUGAUUCUUAGUAUAAAAUAAUAUAUAUGACUACUAUUCUAGAGGUCAUUAUGAAAACAAGAAAUUGCUCGACUCGAAAGAAAAUGUGGCACCCCAACAAUCUUGAUCUCGGACUUUAGAUGUAGAAUAGCUCUUCGUUUCCAAACACUAUUACUAACUCCUGUACCAAUUUUAGUGUUCUUACAAAACUUCUACUCGAAUGUUCAUCACUACAUCACUGAGUGAAAGGAAAGGCUGUGAAUUGUUUUCUUUUUGCUCUCUGGCAUAAUUUAUAUAAACAAAGUGGUUUAUAGAUGUUGUAAAUGAAUAUAUUAUUACACACUGUAUAUUGCAUAAAUAAAUGACGUGGAAAUAUUGAUUACA